GCCAUAGCGGCCGGCAAGCUGCUUGAUGUUCACCGACGGCCCGCCGCCCAGCGUUCCAGAGCCGUCUACUACAGUCCCACGUCACAGACACCCACGGUGUCUGUGAUUGACAAGACCUAUAGCGAGAUGCGGGAUCGUCCUAUGGGGGAACUUAUGCAUGAUGACUUUGUCAACCGUAAUUCAACAUUUGAAAUCGAUGCCUAG